AUGUCUCCCCUGUCUCCGCGAAACGAGCAAGAGCCCACAACACUAGCAUCAAAAUUGACGUCCAAAAAGCCUGUCGCAAAACCCGAGAUGGCCCCAAUCGCUUGGGUUUUCAUCGCAAUAUUUUCGGCCGUACUGGUCAUCAUUGCGCUUGUACAUCUCUAUGGUUUGAGAUUGAAGUACGAGAAGAAAAGGACCCAACGAAAAGCAGAGAACGAAAGCAUUUUUGGUGCUACCAUGACGAAUCCAAUCACUGCCAGAAAAAGUUUUGAAAACCAUCAACAUGCCUGA